UAAAGUACAAUAGUAUGUACUUACAAAAAUUUUAAAAAGCGGAAAAUUCAAUAUAGGCACAUCGAGACUUAAUAAAGCUAGAGUAGGCAAUUAAAAUGUGCAUUUAUAGGCACUAUAAAACCCUCGCCAUUUCUUGUGUGGAUAAUGGGCAAGUUGCCUGAAGUUUCAUUCAAAAAAAUACAAUUAGGCAAGUAGGGCCUAGUUAUCAGCGUAUUACAUCUUUCAAUAAUGGCAUUUCCUUCAAAUAUACUAAUCCCAAUGACACAUUUCGCUUAACAAAAAAAAUAUCUUGUGCAUCACUGUGAAACUAAAUCUGCCUCAAUUUUAUCUUUUAUCACGAACGUCAUUUUUUGUUCUUGAUUAUUUAUGCCUGAUGCCUGAUGAUAUUCUAUCGUUUUCACCUUUUUUCCUCGUGCGCGUCUACGUACAUUUUCUGGCCAGUUGCCUACUUCCUCUGGGGGAACUACGUUUCAAGAUGUUGAAACGAGAUUUUUUUAUGUUAUAGCUAUAGUCGCUUCUGAAACAAAUAUUAGCAAGAACAAUUCGCUAUUGAGAAUGAAUGUGACCAAUGGAAUAUUGUGAAUGUAGCACAUCGUCAAGGAAACGUUCUAUGCCGUCUCACUAUUGGUUGCAGUGUCUCCCACUCGAGUAGCUUAGAUGUUACAGUGUGUCCUGACUCAAACUGCUUUUCUUGGAGAAGCAGAAAAAAAGUUGCGAAGUGUGGCGUGGUGAGGCGUGUGUGCGAGGUCGUGAAGUUGAGCCGUGGCCAAGCAGGGUCAGAACCUACAGCACUCAACAGACUGCUAGAGAGGCUAGAAACAUCAGGGGCAGAUUAAGAGUGUUAAUGUUUUAUUACAGUAAUCUGCGUCAUGAAAUAAGUACUUAGGAAAGUGUAAGAUAAUAAUACUACACAUACAGACAUAUGCUUAUCGAAUCGGGUCACUCUUGUUAGUGUUUGUUACGGUGUCCAGCUGGUUGUCAGUCGGCGUCUUGAACUUGCGGAGUUGAUGUGUGUUGGUACUGGAUCGGUAACUAGUAUAUCUCAGUGUCAUAAUGCUUUGCUGAUUACGAGCAGUAAAAGGGAAAAUUAUUCUGUGAAAUGACAGAAACUGCAAAUAAAUCUCCUGACACUCGCCGUAAAUGUAUAAAACCCACAAUGAAAUACCUUAGAAGAGAUCAGAUAUUCAGAGUGAAGGCUGAAACGAUUCCCGGCGAAUCUGUAUUCGUAGUAGGAAAUUGCGAAGAAUUGGGGAAUUGGAUGAGUAGCAGCGCUGUGCGAUUGUCAAAAGAUGAUGAUCCAGAAAGCUGUUUGUGGUCUUGUUGUGUGAAACUUCCACAAAACCAGGAUGUAGAAUUUCGUUAUUUUGUUGGAGUGUAUAUAGAGCCUGAAAUUGCUAAUGAUGGUGCGAAGCAAAUAAUUGUUCGCCGUUGGGAAACCUCCAUACAACCUCGAAAUAUUAGAAUUGAUGCAGAAGAUGCCAAUAUAGGUGAAGAGGAAAUGGGUAAACCAGAUAUUUUUGGUUCCGUGCAAAGUAUUACUUCAAUAGAAAGAGGAUGGCUCACAUCUGAGACAGUAAUCCAGUUAAAAUUGUUCAAUAAUCCUUUACAAUUAUGGAAGAAGCGUUAUGAAGGAAAAAAGAUAAGUUUCAAACUUACUCCUGUCAAUUUGGCACGAAAUAGAUCAUCCGAAACAGUACUGCCAUUUUCUGAAAAUAUUGAUGAAAGUAUGGACACUCAUGAUCAAGUAGAUGCUCCAGAAGUAUGGCCUUUGACAGAGAUUGCUGUGAUGAAUGAAGAGAAACGAAAAUUCCACUUGCAAGAGCAAUUUGGCCAUAUUUACAGUGAAGGAGAAUUUGUACUGUUUCAAAUAUGUGUACUACAGUUGGAAUCAAUGGUUAACCCAAAUUCUAUGGCAUAUCUUGUUGAUUUUUAUCUUCAUAAUUUCACUGAAGAAGAUCCUCCAACUCAUAUUGGCUUUAGUUACAUACUUCCCAGUGUUUUAAGGAAAAGUGAAGGACAAGCAAUUGUACCAGUUACAAGUACAAAUCACAGACCAAUAGGUCAGCUCACUGUUGAGUACCUUGUGGUGCAACCUAUUGAAAAUUUUAGUUGUAGUAUGGAAGAGACAUUUUCACGUAUGUGGAAGCCUUCAUGGCAGGGCUUAGAUGUUGGUCAUCGUGGCCUGGGCACAUCAUUCAAGUUAGAAGUUCAGUUGUGUUCUGAUGUACGAGAGAACACAAUUGCAUCACUCAAAACUGCUGCAUUACAUGGGGCAGAUUUAGUUGAGUUUGAUGUUCAGCUCUCUAAGGAUUUGGUGCCUGUAUUAUAUCACGACUUUCAUGUAUGCAUUGCUAUGAAACGAAAACAAAAUUUGGAUAUUAAUGACAAGUUACAAUUACCAGUAAAAGAAUUGACAUUGGAGCAGUUACAACUUCUGAAGGCCAUUUCAUCUACAAGUAAAAUUCUACAUUUUUGCGAGUAUGCAAUUGACAGUUCCGAAGAGUCUUGUGGGGUGUAUCAUCUCAAAGAAAGUACUACUGGAAUUUCCAAAUUUAAUAAUGAAGACCAUGAGGAUCACCAGCCCUUCCCAACACUUCAAAAGGUUCUGGAAGCGGUUGACCCUCAUGUUGGAUUUAAUAUUGAAAUAAAAUGGACUAUGCAAUUGCAGGAUGGUUCAUAUGAAUUGUACAAUCCAUUUGAUUUGAAUAUGUAUUUGGACAUUAUGCUAAAAGUAGUUCUGCAACAUGCAGGUCAUCGGAAAAUUGUUUUUUCAUGCUUUCAUCCAGACGUUUGUACAAUGAUUCGCUUGAAGCAAAAUAAAUAUCCAGUUAUGUUUCUUACUCAAGGAGUGACAAAAAAAUAUGCCCCCUACCAUGAUCCACGCACUCAUUCUAUUCCUAUGGCAGUACAUCAUGCUCAUAAUGCUGGUAUACUGGGUAUAAAUGUUCACACAGAAGAUGUGCUUAGAGAUUCUACACAAGUUAAAUUAGCUCUUGAUUCAGGAUUGAUUGUUUUCUGUUGGGGAGACGACAAUAACUGUAGUAGCACAAUUAAACAUCUUAAGAACUUGGGGCUUCACGGGAUCAUAUAUGAUAAGAUAGACAAGUUUGGUACAAAAGAAGUAAAAGAAAGUAUUUUUUUGGUUGAAGCAAGAGAAGCCCAGAAUAAUUUAUUAAAUGUUGUUCAGAAAAUGGGUUCGGGUCAUUCAUCAACGGGCGUUCCUGUAGAUGUGGGAACUACUAGGCAGACUCUUUCUACACUGUCUGUAUCUGCUCACAACACAUCUGCUGUUAAUUCAGAUGUUGGUGGUGCCUUUGAAAGUACAAUAAAGGAAAUUGGGAAAGACUCUCAAUAUGCAGACUGUGCUCCCUGAUCCCUUCGUUCUACAAUCUGGAGAAGAUUUUUGUUUCAUUGAAUAUUAGGAACUAAAAUUAAUAUCAGAGUUUAUUCAGAUCUGACAUUAAGUAUUUGGGUUAAUUUAUGGCUCAUGUUGUAGACAUUUACUUCAAUGGAGAAAUCUAAAAAUAUAUAUUUAUAUAUAUUGUUUGUAUGUACUAUUCUGGAUCUUGUUUUGUUCAUAUUUAUUUGAUGAAAAUAGGGCAAUUAUGCCGAUUAAAUUUAUGUAUAAGAAUGUUUGAAUUUAUUUCUCCAACAUACAUUAAAUGCAUUGUAUCAGAGGGGGUUUUCUUUUUUCCUUCCGGGAAUUGAGAGAGAGCUAAAAUCUGAACGUCUUGAGGGAGACUCCAGGAAUGUUCACACUGGCGAUAAAUUAAGAUUUGUAUCAAUCAAAUUGAAGCAAAUGAUAUAAAAGACAAUAAAAAAAUCAAUAUUCAAUGUACUAAAAUAAAUCAGUUCUACGAAGACGGCGGAAGGGGACGGCCCAGCCCAACCCCUGCCACGUCUUGUUUUCUGCGCUCCGAGCGCCGGCCCGCUACUCGUAUUGGAAGGUACAAGAAGGCUACAGAGUCUUCAGAGUAGGGACAGAAUUGUAAGAAGUUCUGAGCCAUAACUUAACAAAAAAUACGUAGUAAACGGUCAUUCAAAAUUUAGCACGGUGUGUAAAAAUGUUUGUGUUCGGGAAAUCAUUUUAUGAAACCAAUUAUCAAGGAGCACUUAAAACAGUAUUUGUAAAUAUUUUGAUUGUACUUUAAUAAAUAUUUAUAUCAAUA